AUGGCCCCGCCCAGGGACACGGCCGUGCGCUACUGCGGCUACGCGAACGAGCUGGGCGAAGCGUUCGCGGCGUGGCUGCCCGUCGGCGGCGUGCCGGCGUCCUACGCCGUCGCAAUCACGUACGUCUGCGCCGACACGAUCGACAAGGCGAAGAAGGCGUACAAGGAGACGGUCGCGGAGGCCCCGGACAGCCCUGCGCUCGCGACGGCCGUCACGCAGCACGUCGCGGUCGACACGCUCGUUUGGCAGCUCCUGGCGUCCGUCGCGAUUCCUGGUUUCACGAUCCACACCAUCGUGCACUACGUCACGGAGGCGGUCGAGCUGGUCAUCCGGCGCGUGGAGUCCGGCGAGCUGCCGCUCGCGCCGCUCCGGGACCUCCUCGCGGCGCAGCCUGAGUCAGCGGAGCUGCUGACCAAGACGCUGCCGACGAUGGUCGGUCUCGCGGCGAUCCCGAUGAUCGUGCACCCGAUCGACAACACCGUGCACAAGGUGCUGGACCUGUCGCUGCGGAAGAUGCAGCAGCGGAUGAUUUGCGACGUGGCCGGCGGCGCGGACGCCGGGCUGCAGCGUUGUCAGCCGGCGCGCCUCGAGGUGCAGGAUGUGCUGGCCAGCGUCGAGGACCUGUACUUCAGCGACAGCGAGCGCAAGGGCGGCAACGGGAAGCAGUGA